AUGUCCGACAUCAUCGCCUGGCUAGUCCCCACAGCGCGAAACUCACUCGCCGACAAAACAACACAUCUGCCCUCCAACAUCUCCCGCGCCGUGCAAACAACCUCAUCUCCAACUCUGCUCUCUCGCCUCCCAAACCUCCUCGGCAGCCGUCCCUCUCGCGCCAUCAAACUCUCUUUCGACAAAGCCCCCAAACGCCCUGGUUCUUUCGUUCUCGGUUCCGAUUCUUCAAUAUGCGAUGUUGUUCUGCCAUCACUGCCAGGUAUUGACGCACGACAUUGCGAGCUGAGCUUUGAUGCAGAAGGUCGUCUUGUUCUUAAUGACUUUUCUGAGAUGGGAACACAGGUUUGGUAUGAUUGGGAGAGCAACGGUGAUCAGACAGAUUAUACCUGGAUUCUGAGUUCAGGAGCUGAGGCUGGGUUUCCGAGCAUGGUGCAGCGCAUCACUGUUGAUAUUCAGGGUGUGAGGUUUCAGGUGGUCGUGAACGAUCACUCUGGUGACUGGGACGCAUAUCACGACAAGGUUGAGGAUUUCGUCCGACAGCCUUCAUGGGCGCAUGGCCUUUCUCCCGGUUGGGAUCGAGGAUCGAUAUCCCCUGUUGCCCCUCUCUUCUCCAACGUCCCUCUCUUUCAACACAUUCUCGUCAAGGCCUUGGGCGAAGAGCCCAUCGGAGAAGUAUAUCUCUGGAACUUGGCUCGACCAUGGGAGCCUAUGGUCAAGGCUGCUGCAUGA